AUGGGUGGUUUCGCCAUCGAACUGGACAGUACCGACAAUCGAUAUUCGAUCUUGUUCAACAAUGCUAGACGCCUCACUCUGACAGAGAAAGGUGCCGCGCUACUCGCAGAUUGCGGACAUAUCGUCGACGUCUCCAUUGAGGAUAUAAAGGACAAGAAUAAAGCAGAUGGUCUUGUCCAGCUCCUGGUAUGCCUCCAAGCAGGAUGGAUGAUUGUUCAAGUGAUCACUAGAACAUCUAUUGGUUUGCCAACUACUUUGCUCGAAGUUCAUGUCGUUGCUCACAUUGUCUGCGCCCUUGUCAUGUACAUUCUUUGGUGGCAUAAACCUCACCAGGCAACCGCUCCAACUAUCAUUAAAGGAGAUUGGUUGCCUUUAAUUGCGUACAUGUAUCUGGCGAGCAGAAUGAGUGGGGAGCCACCGCAGGGCAUGUUAGCCAUUUUCAGACCUGCUACGUCAGCAUUGGAACAUUUAGCGUACUUUGGACAAGAAGAGGACGAGGUAUCGACUAGCACACAUUUCCAUGGCGAUGGACUGGAUACAGCACAGUCCUCCACUAGUGGCCUGUUUCGAUUGCGUCCUGACACCCCGAAUUCGGACCAACAAGGCGACGAGGCAUCACAUGCAUUGGCUAUGGAAAGCAAUUCGGGGUUGCAGAGCCUUGCAGAACAGGCCAUGCAACUAUAUCCCGUUCUAAAAACGCACUUCAAUUCUCAUUCGAGAAUACAUGGCCAAAGACCCUAUACGCUACCUUAUGUGACUGAACUGGUACAACCACACGCUUUCGACUGGCCAAAUGAUGGAUUACUCCGUCGUACCCACUCUCUAAUCAUGGGGAUGGUUCUUUGA